CACAGGCAGGCACACAGGCAGGCACACAGGCAGGCACAGGCAGGCACACAGGCAGGCACGCAGCCAGGCACGCAGGCAGGCACGCAGACAGGCACACAGGCAGGCACACAGGCGGCCAAGUGCCCAUGCAUGCAGGCGGACAAUCAGACGAGUCAAUGAACAGCCACCCCUUCCUGAAUUCGGCAAAAUUGUGCCCCUGCGCACGAGGAGGAAGCUACCACUACGAGGUGCAAGAUGAUGACAGGAAGGCGCUGAGAGAUCAUGACGAUGGCAGCGAUGAUGAUGAUGAUGAUGAUGAUGAUGAUGAUGAUGACUGUAACGAUGAUGACGAUGGUGGUCAUGGUGAUGAUGAUGAUAAUGAUGAUGAUGAUGAUGAUGAUGAUGAUGACUGUAACGAUGAUGAUGAUGGUGGCCAUGGUGGUGAUGAUGAUGAUGAUGAUGAUGAUGAUGAUUAUGAUGAUGAUUAUGAUGAUGAUUAUGAUGAUGAUGAUGAUGAUGAUGAUACUGUAACGGUGAUGGUGAUGAUGAUAAGGGCGUACUCACAUCCCAACCGACGGCAUACUCAGACCGCGACUGAGGACAGACUCACAUCGCAACUUUGUCGACCGAAUCUGGUCGUAAUUGAAGUCAGAAAUGGGAACUGAAGUCUUCAGUUCGAACUGAAGACUUGCCGGUCUAUUCGACUUUGUCGACCGAAUCUGGUCGUAACUGAAGUCAGAAACAGG